GCAGUCAACACAAGAAACCCUUCUGAGAACAAACAAUUCCCGGUGGUUCUUCAUAUCAUAUUUCGAAUAUACAGACGCGUAUCUUCAUCCAUUAUAUAUACAAUGCGUAGUUUAAUAGUUUACGUUAAUUUUUUCGCCGGGAAAAUUAGUGAGACUUAUUGAAAAAAAUUUUUUUAUCGAAAUCAAAUCGUUUUUUCAAUAUGUUAACUGUGAUGCUCGAUCCGCCAUCAAUAAUAACCGAACACGUCGAUCGCGACGAUUGUUUGGUAUACAAAAGUUGACCGAAACGAUGAGACUGAAAAAAAGAAGAAAAUCUCGAGCGAAUGGAUGGAGAGUAAUUAGAAGAUGCGUCGUUUUUUUUACCGCCAUUUGUAUAGUACCGGUUUUAUUGGUACUAAUGGUAGCUACCGAUCGAUAUUCGCGACCGGUACCGCGUCAUUCGACAUACGUACGACACCAGUUUGUUGAAAUCGAAAAACCAACCGUGGAAGCAUAUCUCAACCGAAACAUAUCAAUCAUAUCAAAACGAAUGGAAAGACGAAGAGAACACAUGAAAAAUAUGUGUAAAUUAUUGAAUUUAGACCGACCGGGGAACGAUUCUUUGCACAAGCCCAACCCAUGGGAAUUCCUAAUUGACAAUAAACAUCGUUUAAUCUGGUGCAAUAUUUUCAAAGCCGCCAGCACUUCUUGGAUGUACAAUUUUAAUAUAUUGGCUGGUUAUAGUCCGAAAUUUUUAAAAAAAACAAAGAUAGUGCCUAUGACGUUAGCUAGACAAAAAUACCCCCGACCGUCUCUACAAGAACUUAGGAAAGCUUUCAACACUUACAUAUCAUUUUUAAUAGCUCGACACCCUUUAGAACGACUUUUAUCAGCUUAUCGCGACAAAAUACAAUACGCACUUCCCAACACAUAUCAUAAAAAAUUAGGCAAUGAGAUCAUCAAGAAAUAUCGAUAUAAAAAAAAUCCAAUUCCUACACAAAAAGAACCGACUUUCGAGGAAUUCGUCGAAUACCUAAUAGAUAGUGUAAAGAAUAAAGAAGAAUUAGAUAUGCACUGGACACCGAUAGUGGAAUUUUGCACCCCGUGUAUGUUCGAUUUUCAAAUAAUCGCACAUACAGAAACGUUACAAGAAGACCAAAUGUAUUUGAUCAAAUUGGCGAAGCUCGAAAAUAUCAUUCAACCCGAAUGGAAGAACCCCGGAAGAGGUUCUACUGAAAAUCAAAUUCAAAAAUAUUAUUCGCAACUAACGAGAUCGCAAAUAUUCCAACUGUACCACAUCUACAGAUAUGAUUUUGAGCUAUUCAAUUACUCGUUAAAUGGUUAUUUGGAAUAUGGUACAACGGAUAAAGAUCCCUCGUCUUUGUUGGCUGCUAUUAGUAUGAAGGACUUUGAGCAAAACGAUUUACCUAAAGUAUACUGAAGUAUUUGAAAUUGCAUCAAUUUAACGAAAUUGUGAUAAUUAAUUGAUAGGUUGUGUUGCCUUUUUUAGAAUAAAGUUAUUGAAUUUUAAUUUUUUA